AUGGGCAACGACGGAGGAAGUAUCCCGACCCGACGGGAACUGGUCAAGGAGGGCGCCAAAGAUCUCACGACCACCCAAGUAAAAGAGCUACAAAAUGAGAGACUGGAGCACUUUUGGGCGACGUGUGCUCUGUCACAUGAACCUCUUGUCCAGCCUGUCGUGUCCGAUAGCUUAGGAACACUCUACAACAAGUCCGCCGUACUCGAUCACCUCCUAGCACAGGCGCAACCAGCUGCAGACAAAGACACAUUGAUCAAGAGAGGUCAAGCAUUCAAGGAUCGGAUUAGAGGCUUGAAGGAUGUCGUGGAAGUAAAAUUUGAACGUGAUAGUGAUAAUAAUGUGUUGGCAUCGAGGUGGAUCUGUCCCAUUACAAAUAAAAGGUUGGGCCCCGGCACUAGAGCAGUAUACCUUGUUCCGUGUGGACAUGCAUUCGCAGAGAGCGUCGUGAAAGAGAUGCAGGGAGACACAUGCUUGUGCUGUGAUGAGUCCUACACCACAGAGAACAUCAUGCCCAUCCUCCCUUCAGCACAAGCGGAGAAAGAUAGGCUAGAGAGGCGACUAGUAGAUUUGAAAGCAAAGGGCCUUACCCAUUCGUUAAAGAAGGCGUCAGGGAGCAGUAAGAAGAGAAAGACAACUGGCCCAGCGGAAAAUGCUCCCCUCUCAGGCGACGACCCGAUCAGAAACCUCCCCCCGAAGUCAAUGUCAAAUGGGCUGAAGAAUGCGGACACUGCAAAGUUGACCGUAAAAGUUCUAAAUGAGCAAGAAAACCAUAAUAAGAAGAGAAAGAUGGAUACCAAUGAAAACAUCAAGAGCCUCUUCUCGUCUAAAGAUCCCAAGGAUGGAAAGAAUACCGACUUCAUGACGAGGGGCUUUUCCAUACCGGCGCACGAUGUGCGAUGA